CCUCAAUUAAUGUGCAUGAUAAAGAUGCAGGAAGAGGAUGUGGUGAUAGUUGGCGCAGGAAUAGCAGGUUUGGCAAUUGCUGUAGCCUUGAAGAGAGUGGGGAUUCAAGCUUUGGUGUUGGAAAGAUCACAAGGGUUGCGUACCACUGGGGCAACCUUAAGUCUUUACCCUAAUGCUUGGGCUUCCCUCUAUGCUCUUGACGUCGCCCACAAGCUCAUCGACAUUUAUGAUCCUUGCACGAGGGCAAACAUAACAAAUGUUGAUACCGGAGCAACUCAACAAAUCUCUUUCACCAAAGCUAACAGGAGUGGGCGCGGGGCUGUACUCAGAGUUGUACACCGUAAAGCCUUAUUGGAAGCUCUGGCAGAGGAAUUGCCAAUCGACACCAUCCGUUUCUCUUCCAAGCUCACCUCCAUUAAAACCCAAGCCCAGAAGGGAUCAUCCCAUGUUGUUCUCAUUGAAAUGGAAGAUGGAACAACUAUCAAAGCAAAAGCUUUGAUUGGGUGUGACGGGGUGAACUCAAGGGUAGCAGUGGGUUGUUUAGGACUGAGUGCGCCUGUAAAUUCUGGUCGAUGGGCGGUGCGUGGGUUGGCCAUGUUUCCUCAAGGCCAUGGGUUGAACCAAGACUUCCAACAAUAUGUGAGUGUUGGCAAAAGGGCUGGCUUUGUCCCUCUCAAUCAAAUAGAGCUGUACUGGUUUCUCACUGCCAAAGCUACGUGGAAAGGUGAAAGCAUAGGAAGGGAUCCAAAAUUGAUACAAAGAGAAGUGAUUGAGAAGUUUGCCACAGACUUGCCUCCAUUGUUCACAGAGAUCGUCCAGCAUUCUGAUCUUUCCACCCUAACAUGGGCUCCUCUGAUGUACAGGCUCCCAUGGGAUGUCAUAUUUGGGAAUUUAUGCAAAGGAAAUAUCACUGUGGCAGGUGAUGCCAUGCACCCUAUGACGCCUGACUUGGGACAAAAUGAAGGCGCAGCACUGGAAGAUGCCGUUGUUUUGGGGCAACAACUUGGGGGAUUGAUUGCUCGGAAAAAAGGCCUUGUGCCGGAAGAGGUGGCUGGUGCCUUAGAAAGAUAUGCCAAGAAAAGGAGAUGGCGUGCCGCCGGCUUGAUUACAAGCUCCUAUCUGUCAGGGUGGGUGCAACUGGGUGGGUUUGGAUGGCUCAUGAAGUUCCUAAGGGACGUGAUAUUCUACAAACUUCUUUACAAUAGGGUUUUGGAUGUUAUAGAUUAUGAUUGUGGAAAGCUGCCUUGUGUUGCCUUAGGGAAUGGAUUGGAAAAGUUAGAUUGAUUAUACAUUCUAACUUCUAAGGGAUCUGUGUAUUUUCAUGUAGGAUUA